UGUGGGAAGGCCUUGCGCGGGGCGGGCGUAGGCUGGCGGGAAGCACACGGUGCCUCAGCGCUGGUGCGGUGUGACCGGGAACGGGAUCGGGCCCGGGCCCAGGCCGUGCGUGGGACUCCUGGUGCUCGGAGGUGGUGGGGAGCUGUGUUUCUCUUCGGCGUGCAGCGCCGGCGUAGGGGCGGAAAGGAUCCGGCGGGGCAAGGGGAGGCUGUCCCGCGCCGGGCAUUGUGGGACCGGUGGGGAAGAUGGCGGACGCAUUUGGAGAUGAGCUCUUCAGCGUGUUUGAGGAUGACUCGACCGCCGCCGCUGCCUCUGGGGCCAAGAAGAGCAAAACGGGCGCCACCGAGGGCGCCAGGAAACCGGGAAAACGACUGGAGGAAAAAUCUUCAGUAGCUGCGACAGGGAAGCCCAAAGGGGAGGCUGAGGUCUGUAGUACCGAAGAUGUUGUUUUGGCAAAGAAGAUAAAAUUGGAGGAUGUUGUAUCAGAAGAUGCUAAUCUGGCAGACCUGAUGCCUCAAGUAAAGGUGCAAGCUGUGGAAACUGUUGAAGGCUGUACGCAUGAGGUUGCACUUCCAGCAGAUGAAGACUUCACAGGUUUGAAGCCAAGAACUGGAAAAGCUGCAAAAGAGUAUCCGUUUAUUCUUGACGCCUUUCAGAGAGAAGCUAUUCUUUGUGUUGAUAAUAACCAGUCUGUGUUAGUGUCGGCUCAUACGUCAGCUGGUAAAACUGUUUGUGCAGAGUAUGCAAUUGCCCUGGCUUUGAGGGAGAAACAGCGUGUGAUAUUUACAAGUCCAAUUAAAGCUUUGAGUAAUCAGAAGUACCGUGAGAUGUAUGAAGAAUUUCAGGAUGUUGGUUUGAUGACUGGAGAUGUCACUAUUAAUCCUACAGCUUCUUGUCUGGUAAUGACAACAGAGAUUUUGAGAAGUAUGCUCUACAGAGGUUCUGAGGUUAUGCGAGAGGUUGCGUGGGUUAUUUUUGAUGAAAUUCACUAUAUGAGAGAUCCAGAACGCGGUGUGGUUUGGGAAGAGACAAUUAUUUUGCUCCCUGACAAUGUUCAUUAUGUGUUCCUUUCUGCAACUAUUCCAAAUGCCCGUCAGUUUGCUGAAUGGAUCUGCCAUCUUCACAAACAGCCUUGCCAUGUGAUUUACACUGACUAUCGACCCACUCCACUGCAGCAUUAUAUAUUCCCAGCAGGAGGAGAUGGACUCCAUCUGGUUGUUGAUGAAAAUGGAGAUUUCAGAGAAGAUAAUUUUAAUACAGCAAUGCAAGUACUUAGAGAUGCAGGAGACCUAGCAAAAGGGGACCAGAGAGGCAGGAAAGGAGGAACAAAAGGUCCUUCAAAUGUUUUUAAAAUUGUGAAGAUGAUCAUGGAAAGGAAUUUCCAACCUGUCAUUAUUUUCAGCUUCAGUAAGAAAGACUGUGAAGCCUAUGCACUUCAGAUGACAAAGUUAGAUUUCAAUACAGAUGAAGAAAAAAAGAUGGUUGAAGAAGUGUUCAAUAAUGCAAUUGAUUGUCUCUCAGAUGAAGAUAAAAAGCUUCCUCAGGUUGAGCACGUACUUCCUCUUCUGAAGCGAGGAAUUGGUAUCCAUCAUGGCGGUCUGCUUCCUAUCUUAAAAGAAACCAUAGAAAUUCUUUUCUCUGAGGGCUUAAUAAAGGCCUUAUUUGCAACAGAGACUUUUGCUAUGGGAAUUAAUAUGCCAGCCAGGACUGUGCUAUUUACGAGUGCCAGCAAAUUUGACGGAAAAGAUUUCCGAUGGAUAUCCUCAGGUGAAUACAUUCAAAUGUCAGGUCGUGCAGGACGCCGAGGUAUGGAUGAUAGAGGAAUAGUAAUUCUUAUGGUGGAUGAAAAAAUGAGUCCAACAAUUGGCAAGCAGCUUUUGAAGGGUUCAGCUGAUCCUUUAAACAGUGCAUUCCACCUGACGUACAACAUGGUAUUGAACUUGCUUCGAGUAGAGGAAAUUAAUCCUGAAUACAUGUUAGAAAAAUCCUUCUAUCAGUUCCAACAUUACAGAACUAUUCCAGAAAUAGUAGAAAAAGUGAAUAAUUUGGAAGGACAGUACAACAAAAUAGCAAUUCCCAAUGAGGAAAAUGUGGUCAUAUACUACAAAAUCCGACAGCAGCUUGCAAAACUGGGUAAAGAGAUUGAAGAAUAUGUUCACAAACCAAAGUAUUGCUUGCCCUUCCUACAGCCAGGAAGACUAGUAAAGGUGAAGAAUGAAGGUGAUGACUUUGGAUGGGGAGUGGUUGUUAAUUUCUCUAAGAAAUCGAAUGUUAAGCCAAAUUCUGGUGAAUUGGACCCAUUAUAUAUUGUUGAAGUGCUACUACACUGCAGCAAAGAGAGUUUGAAAAAUUCUGCUACUGAGGCUGCAAAGCCAGCCAGACCUGAUGAGAAAGGAGAGAUGCAGGUUGUUCCUGUUUUGGUACAUCUUCUCUCAGCUAUCAGCAGUGUCCGACUCUACAUACCGAAAGACCUGAGGCCCAUUGACAACAGGCAAAGUGUGUUAAAAUCUAUACAAGAAGUACAGAAACGAUUUCCUGAUGGAGUACCAUUACUAGACCCUAUUGAUGACAUGGGCAUCAAAGAUCAAGGACUGAAAAAAGUAAUCCAAAAAGUAGAGGCAUUUGAGCAUAGGAUGUAUUCACAUCCUCUUCACAAUGAUCCCAACUUGGAAACUGUAUACACACUUUGUGAAAAAAAAGCACAGAUUGCUAUGGAUAUUAAAGCAGCAAAGCGAGAACUGAAAAAAGCCAGAACUGUCUUACAAAUGGAUGAACUGAAAUGCCGUAAGCGUGUUUUGAGAAGGCUGGGGUUUGCUACAUCUUCAGAUGUCAUUGAGAUGAAAGGACGGGUUGCUUGUGAAAUCAGCAGUGCUGAUGAACUACUCCUGACAGAAAUGAUGUUCAAUGGUCUCUUCAAUGACUUAUCUGCAGAACAGGCAACUGCACUAUUAAGCUGUUUUGUAUUUCAAGAGAAUUCCAGUGAAAUGCCAAAACUGACAGAGCAGCUGGCAGGACCGCUUCGGCAAAUGCAGGAGUGUGCAAGAAGAAUUGCCAAGGUGUCAGCAGAAGCCAAACUGGAAAUUGAUGAAGAAAAUUACUUAAAUUCUUUCAGACCCAAUCUAAUGGAUGUUGUGUAUACAUGGGCAAAUGGAGCUAACUUUGCUCACAUCUGCAAAAUGACUGAUGUCUUUGAAGGUAGCAUAAUUCGUUGCAUGAGAAGGCUAGAAGAAUUGCUCCGUCAGAUGUGUCAGGCUGCAAAAGCCAUUGGAAACACAGAGUUGGAAAAUAAGUUUGCAGAGGGAAUUACAAAAAUCAAGAGAGAUAUUGUGUUUGCUGCAAGCCUUUACCUGUAACAGAAGGUAUUUUCCAAGAACAGUACUAGGUGCACAUUAUGGAAUAAGUUGAUCAGCUUCACAUGCUACUUCCGUGUCAAGUGAUUUCUUUUAAUAGUGUGUAUUUAAAACCACAGUUGCUUCAACAAGGCAUGUACAAACAGCAGUGUAUGUAAUAUAACUGUUACCACAUUUCCAAUAAAAAUUUACAGUUUGGGUA